UAUCGGGUGAUUGAUUAUAUAAUACCGGGACAAUUGUCUAGCUAUCUAAUCGUACUCUGUUUGUGUCGUAGCUAACGGGUCAUUAAUCCUCCACUCUAACUGGUUCUGGCCAGACCAUCGCGACGUCAUUUAGCGUCCCCGAUUUAUCUCCUAAGGCGCGAUUUUGCAUUAGAGAAGUUUUAUCGGGUAAAAAUCAACCAUGUAUCAAAAUCAAUGUGGAUUUUUAAUUCUGAUUGGUGAUGUUGGUCGGCACUUUGUAAUCCCUGUGUGAAACUAGCUUAUACUGUCGGAGAUAUUCCUACGAGGUAGUACGAGUCCCCGUUUUUUGUAGCCUUUUACUAUCCUGAGAUGGUUAUGGAGGGGCUCACCACCACGGCGCUUAGUAACGUCACUGGCAUGGAGGGUGGAAAGGUGGACGUAUGUUGUUUUGCGAUAGCUCAGAAAUAUAUAUAGCCUAGCCGACACUCCAGCUCAAUAUCAUAACUUCUCCUCACUAUUCAGCAUCAUCAUUCAAUAUCAACAGUUCAGCAUCAUACCCUCUAGACCUUGUUCUUCAACAUUACUACCCAGCGUUGCUAUUUAGAUCUUUGAUAUAUAAUUCACUAUAACAAGAAACCCCCAUACCAACACAAAUAUGUCUACUGUCAACGGUACCAAGGUCAAUGCCUUGAGCAUCCCUAACAAGGCGGCCAAGGGUGUCCCAUUCUUCACACCAGCCCAAGAGCCUCCUGCGGGAACCGCUCUAGAUCCCCAGCCCGAUGGAAGCACCAUCCCGAAGCUCUUCACUCCCCUCAAGAUCCGUGGCCUCACCCUUCAGAACCGUAUUAUGCUUUCUCCGCUAUGCCAGUACUCGGCUGAAAACGGCUUCCACACCUUCUGGCACUUAACUCACCUUGGCGGUAUCAUCCAGCGCGGGCCGGGCUUAACCAUGAUCGAAGCCACCGCCGUCCAGGCUCGCGGACGUAUUACUCCUAAUGACUCCGGACUCUGGCUCGACGACCACAUGGAGGGCAUCAAGCGCACGGUCGACUUCGCCCACUCCCAAGGUCAGCACAUCGCCAUCCAGCUCGCCCACGCCGGCCGCAAGGCCUCCGCCCUCGCGCCGUGGUUGCACAGGGGUGCUACGGCUGCUGCCGAUGUGGGCGGCUGGCCCGACGAUGUGGUUGCGCCGAGCGCCAUCCCCUACGACGAGAACCACGUGGUGCCUAAGGCGCUAACGCUGGAGGAGAUCGCGCAGCUCAAGGUCGAUUUCGUGGCGGCUGCCAAGCGCGCUAUCACCAUCGGAUUUGAUGUGCUGGAGCUACACUGCGCUCACGGGUACCUCCUCCACGAGUUCCUGUCGCCUGUUACUAACCACCGCACGGAUAAGUACGGCGGUAGCUUCGAGAACCGCGCGCGUCUGAUUCUUGAGCUGGCGGAUGAAGUCCGCGCUAUUAUGCCAGCUGAUAUGCCCCUAUUCGCACGUAUUAGUGCUACUGACUGGCUUGAGGGUGUUGAGGGCUACACUGGUGACAGCUGGAAGUUGGAGGACUCGGUGCGCCUGUCUGUGCUGCUUGCCCAGCACGGUGUUGAUGUUAUCGACGUCUCCAGCGCCGGAAACCACCCGCUUCAGAAGAUCGCCCGAGGCCCCGGUUACCAGGCGCCGUUCGCCAAGGCCAUCAAGCGAGCUGUUGGCGACAGCGCAUACGUGGUCACUGUCGGUACUAUCAUGAACGGACAGCAAGCUAAUGAUCUGCUUGUGGGCGGCAAAGACGCCGAUGACACUCCCGUGGAUAUCGCGGGUGUUGGACGCAUGUUCCAGAAGAACCCCGGUCUUGUCUGGACUUGGGCUGAAGAGCUCCAAGUAGCAACCUAUGUUGCAAACCAGAUCGGAUGGGGCUUCGGAGGCAGGGCCACCAAGCAGCGAAGGCCAGAGCCCACGAAGGAAGACUGCCACGGCCCUGUUCCUUAAAUGAUUGAUGAUGAGGAUGGAAGGGUUAGAUAUUAUGUCGCUUAUCUUUGCCCUAUACAUUUACAUGCUCUAGCGCCUUUUCUCUCCUGCUCUUAGAUUCGAUAGUUAGCUAGCUACCUAUGCAUUAUCGGCGUUUUACAUAUAGAGGAAUCUUAUUAUCUUAUAUUUUCUGUCUGUCUUGGUUGAUACAAUGCUAGUGAUAUG